GACCGUCAUGGCGGCCCCCAGGGUUCGCUGUUGAAGGUUUCCAGCCCGGGGUCCAGGCUAUCAUGCGGGGGUGCUCCCAUCCCAGGACUUAGGUGGAAUCUAGCCAUGGAUGAGGUCACCUUCAGAAGUGACACUGUGCUGUCUGACGUCCAUCUGUACACCCCGAACCAGAGGCACCUCAUGGUACGGCUGAACAGUGUGGGACAACCUGUUUUCUUGUCCCAGUUCAAACUUCUGUGGAGUCGAGACUCCUGGACAGGUGCAAGGACUGAGGACAGUGAUCCCAGAGAUGUCCCCACACAGGAGACCCCUCCUACUGGGUCAGGCAGCCCCAACUCCUCUCCCAGAAGUGGCCACAGUCUUGAAGGCUCAUCCCUGCAGUCCAAGGCUGAUAUCACCAGUCAAAAAGGGCUGGGGGCUCCACUGGAUGAAGACGGAGACCUGGAUGUGGUGCGCAGACCCCGGACUGACUCUGAACCAGACCUGGCUGAGCUGCCGAGAGACAAGGUACAUCCCAUAAUUCUAACAGAAGAAGAAGGCGAUGCCAGGGGAGAUGGAGCACAAGGGAGCUGUGCCCCCAGCAUCAUUAAAAUAGAGCACACCAUGGCCACCCCCCUGGAGGAUGUUGGCAAGCAGGUGUGGCGAGGCGCUCUGCUCCUGGCUGACUACAUCCUUUUCCGGAGGGACCUCUUCCAGGGAUGCACCGUGCUGGAGCUGGGCGCAGGCACUGGGCUCACCAGCAUCGUGGCGGCCACAGUGGCAAGCACUGUGUACUGUACGGAUGUUGGCGCCGACCUCCUUGCCAUGUGCCAGCAAAACAUCACCAUCAACAGCCAUUUGGCUGCCCCUGGAGGUGGUUUGGUGAAGGUCAGAGAGCUGGAUUGGCUGAAAGAUGACCUCUGCACAGAUCCUGAGGUCCCCUUCAGCUGGUCGGAGGAGGACAUUGCUGACCUGUAUGACCACACUACCGUGCUGUUGGCAGCUGAAGUGUUCUAUGAUGACGACUUAACUGACGCUCUGUUUAACACGCUCUCCCGACUUGCCCACAGACUGAAGAAUGCCUGCACGGCCAUCUUGUCCGUGGAGAAGAGGUUCAACUUCACGCUGCGGCACUUGGAUGUCACGUGCGAAGCCUAUGACCACUUCCGCGCCUCCCUGCGCGCGCUGGGCACGCUGGCUGGCAGCAGGCUGCGCUUCGCGGUGGAGCCCGUGGAAGCCUCCUUCCCACAGCUGCUCGUCUAUGAGCGCAUCCCGCAGCUGGAGCUCUGGAAGAUUGUUGCAGAACCUACCACGUGACCUGUCACUUCUCCAAGGCUUGACCUCUCAAUGGCUCUGGUGUGUUUCUAAUAAAACCAAAAAC